CAUCUGAACCUACAGUAGGAUUACAUUUCAGUUGCAUCUGAACCUACAGUAGGAUUACAUUUCAGUUGCAUCUGAACCUACAGUAGGAUUACAUUUCAGUUGCAUCUGAACCUACAGUAGGAUUACAUUUCAGUUGCAUCUGAACCUACAGUAGGAGGCUAGCGCAGCACGGUGGAGUCCCCCGGCAGGACACAGGACAGCCAGCACGACAGCACAUCGCUAGGGAGUCUAGAAGAGUACAAGCCAGCACGGCGCCGGGUGGAUUCAAUUUCUGAUUGAGACUACCGGACAGCAGGAAUGGGGCAAGGUGUGGGUGGCUGACUGACAGGGAGACUGACCAAUCACAUGUCAGGAUGCUGGCUAGAAACCUCUUCAUCCUCCUGGUGGUGGUGGGGGCAGUGCUGGCCAUCGUGAGCCUCAGCCUCCAAUUCUUCCACCUAAUCCCCACUACGCCCAUGGGUGAGGACUGGCCCCACCAGGGUCAGGGACAAGGCCAGGGCCAAGGAAAAAGCAGGAAGAGAGUGAUCCCUGUCCCCCACACAGAGGAUCCUGAUCCAGACCCCAUCACUGAGGCGUAUGGCUACUGCAACACCCCCAACCGCUCUGAACAGUCCUGGGAGGGACACAGCCCUGUGGACUACAAGCUGCUGUCUGUCCAGGUGAUGAUUCGCCAUGGCGACCGUUACCCCCUUUACGCCAUCCCCAAAACCAAGCGGCCUGCCAUCGACUGCACCCUGUCCCCAAAGAGGAAACCCUCCCACCCCCAGCUGAAUUCUUUCAUUGGUCACAUGGCCCAGGGGGGGCGUGGCCGCUGGGAGGGGACUCUCAGCUCGUUGCCCCGCCUCCCUAACCACAGCGCCUGUGAGAUGGGUGAGCUCACUCAGACAGGUGUGGUGCAGCACUUACGCAAUGGCCAGCUCCUUCGCCUAGCCUACAAGCGUCACAAACUCCUCCUGCCCAAUUUGUCGACCAAGCAGGUGUGGGUGGAGACUACGGGCAGGAGCCGCACCCUCCAGAGCGGGAUGGCUCUUCUGUAUGGGUUCCUGCCAGACUUUGACUGGAGCCUACUGACAGUCCACCACCAGUGGAGCACGUUGUUCUGUGGUUCAGCCUGCGACUGUCCUGCUAGGAACCCCUAUCUGGAGGAGGAGCAGAGGAGACAGUACCGCCUCAGAGCGGCAGACACUGAACUGGAGAGGACCUACGCAGACAUGGCCCGUACGCUAGGUCUGCCCCCGCGCCAGCUCAGAGCUGCCAACCCUAUAGACUCUCUGCUGUGCCACCUGUGCCACGGCCUGUCCUUCCCCUGUGUGUCAGCAGGGAGUGCUCUCGGCAGUGGGGGCUGUCUGACUCUGGCCCAGUUCGCUGUGAUCCGGAGGCAGCAGUUAGAGGACGAGGUGGACAGGAGGAGGGUGGGACUGUAUCGCCGCUACGCCGUGCUCGCCAUGCACCCCUACCUCAACCGCACCGCCAAUCGGAUGGAGCGCGUCGCCAAGGCCUACGCUCGGGGACGAAAACCCCGCGCUGGAGGAGAGGAGGCGUUCACCCUGUCCUCGGCUCAUGACGUCACUGUCGCACCACUACUAAGCGCCCUGGGCUUGGAGGAUGCACUCUUCCCAAGGUUUGCGGCGAGGGUUGUGUUUGAGUUGUGGAAGAGUCCGCCCGCAACGCAGGGACAAUAUAAGGGGCAAGGCCAGGGCCAGAAUAAGGCUGCUUGGUUGAAAGGGGAGAGGUCAAAGGGUGGUAAUUGGGUAGACAUGUUUGUGAGGGUUCUGUACAACGGAGAGGAUGUGACUUUCCAUACCACCUUCUGUCGCUCACAUGACCGCAACGCCGCACAGCCGUUAUGCCCCCUGGGUAACUUCCUGUCGUUCGUCAAGAAAGACAUGUUCAAUGUCCUCAACGCCACAUCCUACCACAACGCCUGCUACCGUCAGACAGGCUGACUGACAGAUGGAAGGAUAGAGAGAGAGAAGGAGGAGGAGAAGAGAAUGAGUCAGAGAAAGAGGGAGUUAUAAUUUAGCUGAUUUUGGAAUUUGUUAAUAGCUCUUUUCCCACUUUGAUGGUAGUGUCCUUUUGACAUUUUCUAAAGUCACAAACAUUCCUAGAAAGCAUAAAUGCUGAUCAUACAUAUCACUGCAAAAAUACAUAUUUUCACCAGCAAAUUCCCAUACACAAACACACGUGCUCACAUACUUUAUACACACUCUUCAUGCCUUCUUGAUCAGAUGUCUUUGUCGAUAAAGUUUGACUUCUAAACUGACAGCCUUGUGGUGUUGACAAUCACACCAGGAUACUUAACCUGCAAUUAUACACAUUUCAACAUUGACCUUUCUACAAUUUCUUAGUUUUGGAAAUGUUUGUAAGGAAAAGAGGUGGAAGGACUCAGGCACUUUAUUCACACAUUCCUGCAUUCCAACUGGGAAUGUUGAGAUUCCGCUUUUCCCAAAUUCCUGCAUAGAAAGGGGAACGUUGAAACUGGAAACACUAAACUGCCAUUUAUAGUUUGUCUUGAUAUUGUCUGACAUUUUGAUUAAAAUGGUGCUGGAGACCAAUAGAAUUAGGGUCAGUUUUGCUGUACAAUUAAUUUAUUUUAGUUUACUCAACCACAUACUUUAAGCUGAAGUAAAUUUCAAUGUUAAGAAUUAAGUCAAUCCAACAAUUUACACCCAAUGCACCUUGGUGAAGGCUAGAAGGAUAGCUGUUAUGGUACGUAGAUUCCACUGCUGCUGUAAGAUGGCAAUGACAGUUAAUAAAUAUGUCAUCAGUAAUUGUAAUUUCUUUGGAAUUUUUUUUGAAUGAUGCUCAUCAGUUUGAAUAAUUAUCAUUUUUACCAUAAAGCACAUUACACAGUGGGCCACGAAGUAAUAAAACGUGUUUCCUCA